AAACACGUCUGACAUACUUGGAAUCACUUGGAAUCACCGCUGGCGGUAGAUAUCGGCUCAAUCAGUCCCCUUAUUCCCAAAGCACUGCCUCGAACGCGAAGUCUACCUCACAUCAAUCCCUCAACAUGCCUCGCGGCGCCAAGUUCAGCUUCGCCUACAACAGUAUUGUCCUCGACCAUCAAGCCAUUCAAACCCGCAAAGCGAUGAGCCGAGUCAAGGCAAAUUAUCAUCUGUUCUUACGCAAUCAGCCGCGAGCACCGCAACUUAGAACUCAAGAUCUUGGUCCGCCCAGGAAGUGGCAGGUGCCCAGGAUGAAGAACCUAGAAGAAUGAGGGUUGAAAGCAUUCGCUGGGCUUGUACAGAGGAAUAUCACGACUCUGCUGUUUGGCGUCUGGCGUCUGGCAUUUGGCGAAAAUCCUCAAAAGGACCGGAAAGUGAUACCACAUGAUGUAUUGAUAUGGCUGGUUGGACCAGAUGGAUAACCUCUCGAAUCUCAACUUUGAUAGUAUGUAUGAAGAACUGUCUCAUCUCU